GGCGGCGGCGGCGGCGGCAGCGGCGGCGGCGGCGGCGGCGGCGGCGGCUGGGCCUUGAGCUCCCGCAGCCCACCUCUCCUGGGCGGGCUCCUGGCGCCAGCAGGGCUGUCGAGAAGAUGGAGGAGCUGGUGGUGGAAGUGCGGGGCUCCAAUGGUGCUUUCUACAAGGCAUUUGUAAAGGAUGUUCAUGAAGAUUCAAUAACAGUUGCAUUUGAAAACAACUGGCAGCCAGAGAGGCAGAUUCCAUUCCAUGACGUGAGAUUUCCACCACCUGUAGGUUAUAAUAAAGAUAUAAAUGAAAGUGAUGAAGUUGAGGUUUAUUCCAGAGCAAAUGAAAAAGAGCCUUGCUGUUGGUGGUUAGCUAAAGUGAGGAUGAUAAAGGGUGAGUUUUACGUGAUUGAAUAUGCAGCAUGUGAUGCUACGUACAACGAAAUUGUCACAAUUGAACGUCUGCGAUCAGUUAAUCCCAACAAACCUGCCACAAAAGAUACUUUUCAUAAAAUCAAAUUGGACGUGCCAGAAGACUUACGACAAAUGUGUGCCAAAGAAUCGGCACAUAAGGACUUUAAAAAGGCAGUUGGAGCAUUUUCUGUAACUUAUGAUCCAGAAAAUUAUCAGCUUGUCAUUUUGUCUGUCAGUGAAGUCACCUCAAAGCGAGCACACAUGCUGAUUGACAUGCACUUUCGUAGUCUGCGAACUAAGCUGUCUCUGAUACUGAGAAAUGAAGAGGCCAGUAAGCAGUUAGAGAGUUCAAGGCAGCUUGCUUCAAGAUUUCAUGAACAAUUUAUUGUACGAGAAGAUCUGAUGGGUCUAGCGAUUGGUACUCAUGGUGCUAAUAUUCAGCAAGCUAGAAAAGUACCUGGGGUCACUGCUAUUGAUCUAGAUGAAGAUACCUGUACAUUUCAUAUUUAUGGAGAGGAUCAGGAUGCAGUGAAAAAAGCUAGAAGCUUUCUUGAAUUUGCUGAAGAUGUCAUACAAGUUCCAAGGAACUUAGUAGGCAAAGUAAUAGGAAAAAAUGGAAAACUGAUUCAGGAGAUUGUGGACAAGUCAGGAGUUGUGAGGGUGAGAAUUGAGGCCGAAAAUGAGAAAAAUAUUCCACAAGAAGAGGAAAUUAUGCCACCAAAUUCCCUACCUUCCAGUAACUCAAGGGUUGGAUCUACUCCCUCAGAAGAAAAAAAACAUAUAGAUAUAAAGGAAAACAGCACUCAUUUUUCUCAACCUAACAGUACAAAAGUUCAGAGGGGUAUGGUACCAUUUGUUUUUGUGGGAACAAAGGACAGCAUCACUAACGCCACUAUUCUUUUGGAUUAUCACCUGAACUAUUUAAAGGAAGUAGACCAGUUGCGUUUGGAGAGAUUACAAAUUGAUGAGCAGUUGCGACAGAUUGGAGCUAGUUCUAGACCACCACCAAAUCGUACAGAUAAGGAAAAAGGCUAUGUGACUGAUGAUGGUCAAGGAAUGGGUCGAGGUAGUAGACCUUACAGAAAUAGGGGGCACGGCAGACGCGGUCCUGGAUAUACUUCAGGAACUAAUUCUGAAGCAUCAAAUGCUUCUGAAACAGAAUCUGACCACAGAGACGAACUCAGUGAUUGGUCAUUAGCUCCAACAGAGGAAGAGAGGGAGAACUUUCUGCGCAGAGGAGAUGGACGACGACGUGGCGGUGGCGGAAGAGGACAGGGAGGAAGAGGACGUGGAGGUGGCUUCAAAGGAAAUGACGAUCACUCCCGAACAGAUAAUCGUCCACGUAAUCCGAGAGAGGCAAAAGGAAGAACAGCAGAUGGAUCCCUCCAGAUCAGAGUUGACUGCAAUAAUGAAAGGAGUAUCCACACUAAAACAUUACAGAAUACCUCCAGUGAAGGUAAUCGACUGCGCACGGGUAAAGAUCGUAACCAGAAGAAGGAAAAGCCAGACAGCGUGGAUGGUCAGCAACCACUUGUGAAUGGAGUACCCUAAACUGCAUAAUUCUGAAGUUACAUUUCCUAUACUGUUUCCAUAAUUCUUAUUCCAUAUAGAAAACUUUGUUAGGCCAAAGACAAAUAGUAGGCAAGAUGGCACAGGGUAUGAAAUGAACACAAAUUCUGCUUAAGAUUUUAUUUUUCUGGUAUUGGCCAUAUGCAGCAAUUUUCAGAUUUGCACCAAAAAAAAAAAAAACAUGAAAUAUUGAAACACUGCUUUUAAGUAUACUUAGCACUUCAGGACAGCAUUUUAGUUUACUUUUUUAAAGAGCUGAGAAGUGAUAUCCUUUGUUAAUUGAGAUUAUUUUCCUGCAUAGGGUGAUAGCUACUGGUACAGUUCAGAUUUCCUGAAUAAAUAGCACUUAUGAUAAUCAUAUUAGACUUCUAUUUUCAGUCUCAUAUAGAAGUCCACGAAAUACUGUGUCAUUUCAUGUCCUGUGUCAGUUUAUGUUUUGGUCCACUUUUCUAGUAUUUUAGUGGACUGUAAGAUGUGUGUGAUGUGACAUUUGUCAUUUCAUUAGCAAAAAAAAAAAGUUGUAUGAUCUGUGCCUUUUUUAUAUCGGCAGGUAGGAAUAUUUGGAUGCAGAGUUCAGGGAAGAUAAGUUGGAAACACUAAAUGUUAAAGAUGUUGCAAACCCUGUCAAAUACUAGUACUUUAUAGAAGAAUGCAUGCUUUCCAUAUUUUGUUAUUUGCAUAAACAUCAGGUUAAGCAGUAUAAAGAAUAAGACUUGUUUUUUUAUGUUUUGUUGCACUGAAGUUGACAAAUAGUGUUAUUGAGAGGGAUGUGUAAUUUUGUCUUUAUAGACAGAAGACAUAAUUAUCUUUUCAUUUGAGAGAGGCUAAAAUGUUUUCAGCUAAGAACAAAUUUUUUGGUUGAUUGUUAGUAGGAUAUGCCUGCUCUUUGGCCUGAUGACCAGUUUUAACUUAGAGCCUAUUUUAUUUUGCCCCACCCCCCAUUUUGUGAAGUUAUUCAUACUUUAAUUUCAAGCUUAUUUUGCAGAGAUAGGAGCGUCAUUUUCAUGUGUGCACAAUUACUCUGUGAAGUACACAUUCUUUAAGAAAUAUUGGAAACAGGUUAAAUGUUUUGUAAACUUUGAAAUAUUAGGUCUAAUGUAUAAGCAGAAUUGGAAAGCAGACUAAGAUUGGUUAACAAAUAACUUUUAAAAGUUUCCUUUUGUUUUCUGACAUGUUGCGUUUGGUUUCGUUUUUAGUCUUUUUUUUUUUUUUAAUGAGUGAACUUUACUGAGGAAUAAUAUGUGAAGGACCUUCACUGUAAGAUGUUAUAUUUUUCUUAAAAAAUAACUCCAAGUUGGGGUACCACUGAAUCUGUACAGAGCCGUAUACAAACCGAAGUUCUGCCUCUGAUGUAUUUCGUGAGUUUGUUUCUUUGAAUUUUCAUUUUAGUUACUUUUCCUUGCAUACAAAUAAACAUAUAAAAAUGAAAACAAACUGCACAUGAUUUCAAGAAUAUUAAAGUCUUUUAAAACUAUUGCCAAACAUUAAUGUUGAUUUCUAGUUAUUUAUUCUGGGAAUGUAUAGUAUUUGAAAACAGAAAUUGGUACCUUGCACACAUCAUCUGUAAGCUGUUUGGUUUAAAACACUGUAGAUAAUUAACCAAGGUAGAAUGACCUUGUAAUGUAACUGCUCUUGGGCAAUAUUCUCUGUACAUAUUAGCGACAACUGAUUGGAUUUUAUGUUGACAUUUGUUUGGUUAUAGUGCAAUAUAUUUUGUAUGCAAGCAGUUUCAAUAAAGUUUGAUCUUCCUCUGCUAAAUUGAUGUGGAUGCAAUCCUUACAAAUGAUUGCUUUUAAAAUUUUAAGGUAGGAAAAUAAAUCUAUAGAGUGUUCUGUUAUAAAGUGUAACUGUUCCCAUUGGAAAUUUCACAUCAUAGAAAGUUAGCCAUUAUCAACCAACUUCCAAGAAAUUGAUCUUGUUUAAUCUUGUUUAAAAAGGUGAAAAAAAUCAACAAAAUGGUACAGAAGCACAUUGUGCCAUUACAAUAUGCACUAAGUCUCUUUUUUUACAAAGGCUGAAUUCAGCAAGGCGCUAACUUGCUUAAAUGUGAAUUAUUAACUUCUAAAACUGUAAUUUGAUUCACAUGUUUUCAAAUGGAUUUGAAGUUGAUUCAUAUUACGAUAUUUGUGCUAAAUGUGUAUGUUUUUUUUCAGUUCAAAGUCACGAUGUUUUUAAAGUCUUAUUAAAGUUUCAAAAAUCUGAAGAUUGUUUAUCUAGAUGUAAAAUUUUAUUAAAAAGUUGCACCUCUGAAAAAGCAAAAAUUAGUCUGACAGAUAUUUGCUCCUGGUCUUAAAUUUCUAAAUACCGUAUAUUGAAAAAGUAAUGAUAUGUGGGGGUGGGAGGAGGGAAUUACUGUCCAUGCAAAGCAUAUAUGCCUUGCAAAUAAUUCUUUAUGGGCCCUUAAAAGGCAAAAAUAUUGAUGUUUGAAAAUACAGUUGUCUGCAUUCCCAGUUAUAAGAUUUCAACACAUUAAUUACAUAGAAUGUUGCUAAAUCAUAUUGAAUACACACUUUAGUCUGUAUACACAUAAACAUACCCUGCCAUUUGG